UCCUUGGCAUCCUCUUCCUCACACACAAAAUUUAACACCCACAUUUUUUUGCCAACCUUAACACCAUCAACAAACAACAUUAACAAACUCCCUCUUUCUCUCUCUAAAAUAAAAACACACCCUCCACUUCCCUCUCUCCGCCGGAAAACCCCAUUCCGGUGGCGGGAACGAAAAUUCAACCCUUUUAAGCAUCUGGGUUUUCUUGUUUUAAUUUUUGGUUUUCUUUUCCUUUUAUGGUCUUUCUUGUUCAUCAGUAUUUGAAAGUUAGUUGGUUUUUUGUUUAUUAUUGUUAUUGUUCUGGCAUUGAAAUGGUGAUGAAAGUUGCAUCUCCAAGAAAAGCUUCAUUAACAGAAGUGUUACAAAGAGUGUAUGGGAAUUUUGGGUCCAAUAGUAGCAGCUAUAGUAACCACAGCAACAACCAUCAUCAAGUAAAGAAAUAUUAUAUACAUGAAAGCGAAGAUGAUUUUGAAGAGGAAGAUGGCACUAUGGAACUUGUACAAAUUGGUGCUGAAAGAACCAAGAAUGUGUUGAUUCUUAUGAGUGAUACAGGAGGUGGCCAUCGUGCUUCUGCUGAAGCCAUUAGAGAUGCUUUUAAGCUCGAGUAUGGCGAUGAAUACAGGAUAAUUGUGAAGGAUGUGUGGAAAGAGUACACAGGGUGGCCACUAAAUGAUAUGGAGAGACAAUAUAAAUUCAUGGUGAAACAUGUACAGCUAUGGAAGGUUGCAUUUCACAGUACCUCUCCGAGAUGGAUACACAGCUGCUAUCUUGCUGCCAUUGCUGCUUACUACGCCAAGGAGGUGGAGGCUGGUUUAAUGGAGUACAAGCCAGAUAUUAUCAUCAGUGUUCAUCCAUUAAUGCAGCAUAUUCCUUUAUGGGUUCUUAAAUGGCAAGGUCUACAAAAGAAAGUGGUUUUCGUUACAGUCAUCACAGAUCUUAACACCUGUCAUCCUACAUGGUUUCAUCCUGGAGUCAAUAGAUGUUACUGCCCUUCAAAGGAGGUGGCCAAGAGAGCUUUACUAGAUGGUCUUGAUGAGUCUCAAAUUAGAGUUUUUGGCUUGCCUAUUCGGCCUUCUUUUGCUCGUGCAGCUUUUUCUAAGGAUGACCUAAGAGAAGAGCUUGAAAUGGAUCCUCAUUUGCCUGCAGUUUUGCUGAUGGGAGGUGGUGAAGGUAUGGGUCCUGUCAAGAAAACUGCAGAGGCUUUAGGACAAUCACUUUUCGAUAAGGAACUUGGAAAACCAAUUGGGCAAUUAAUCAUCAUAUGCGGCCGUAAUAAGGUUCUUAAAUCUACACUAGAAUCGGCAGACUGGAACGUACCUGUUAAGGUUAGAGCAUUUGAGACGCAGAUGGAGAAAUGGAUGGGAGCUUGUGACUGCAUAAUUACGAAAGCUGGACCUGGUACAAUUGCAGAGGCAUUGAUUAGAGGCCUUCCCAUUGUUCUCAAUGACUACAUUCCUGGACAAGAAAAGGGCAAUGUGCCUUAUGUAGUAGACAAUGGUGCUGGUGUCUUCACAAGAAGUCCUAAAGAAACAGCAAGAAUUGUAACCGAAUGGUUUACCACGAAAACAGAUGAAUUCAAGACAACGUCAGAGAAUUCACUUAAACUAGCACAGCCAGAAGCAGUAUUCGAUAUUGUGAGAGACAUUCAUCAACUUGCUCAAGAACGCGGUCCUCUAGCCAACAUUCCAUACAUAUUGACAUCAUCUUUCACAGGUCUGAUCUGAUUGAAAAAAAAAAUAAAAAAUUUCUGCAUCUUCCACUAUUACAGUUAUAACAGUAACACCAAGGUUUGAUCUUCUGGAAUGCAAUGUACAGCUAGCUUUAAUAGAAUAUCAUUCUUUUGAGCACCAAAAUUGAGGGGUAAGCAUGCUAUAUUGUCCUUAAGGUAAGAGGAACACUGAACACCAAAACUGGUGUGUCAAUUCUGCUAAUUAAGCGUGCUCCGAUACUUAAAAGGGCUGGUGAAAUUUAGGGUAUUUCUCUUUUUUGGAAGAAGUUAGGUUUAUGGGUGAAAGUUAUUAUGUUGUAAUCUGUUCUUAAUAUUUCAUUAUUUUAAGUAUUUUUCUUUAGGGUUUAUUGCUUGAAGUUUUGGCCUUGUAUGCUUGCCAAGGAUGAAUCUACUUAGCAAGAAAGAUGUAAAAAAAUUUGCUUGCCUUAUAAUUGUACUUUGUGUUCUAUAAAGAUUGCUUCAAA